CCGCCUAGCUCGUAGCUGGCAUGCGGGAUAUAUAACCUGGGAUCAGUUAAGUGUAGCAAGUUGAAUUCUUAGUUUGCGAGAUGGCCAGAUGUUUCGUGUUUCUCGUGUCCUGUAUGUACAUACUACAUGCAGCUUUUAGUGCUGAGGAUAACAAAACGCGCCCAUCCGUUGUGUACAAAUGGACGAAAAUCGAUUACAAUUGGCCAAACAAAACGAUGAGAAAGGAGUACAUUAUCGCUUACGAUUAUUAUGCCAUUACGAACGUUAUCUCGGGUAUAGCUGUGUACAAGAAUGACACGUAUGUAACUGUCACCCGAAUCAGUCAAGGCGUGCCGUCAGCGGUUAACAAGAUUAUCGAGAAAGACGGAGAAUAUGUCCUCGAACCGUAUCCCAGUUGGGAGAUGAACAAGGUCGGAAACUGCGACGGGUUCCAGGCGGUGCAGAACAUAAUUGUCGACCCUAACAAAGGGUGGAUGUGGAUAAUCGACCACGGGCGGAUAAACACUCUGUGGGGAGGCCUCAAGGUCCUCUGUCCGCCCAAACUGAUCGUGUACGACAUGGAAAACGAAACGGUCGUGAGGAAGCACGUCUUCCCUGACAACGUGGCCACGCACAACGACAGCUUCUUCGCCGACAUCGUCAUCGAUCCGGAGUCGGGCUGGGCGUUCAUCACCAACAACCUGGAAAACAGGCUCGUCUUCUACAGCUUCGAUGACGACGUCUCGUACAGCUUCAGCCACAAGUCGUUCCUGCCCGAGAUAAGAAAUCACACCAUCACGGUCCAGGGCAGCACGAUCAGGCUGGCUAAGGUGUCGGCGGGGGUGGACGGAAUAGCCAUGUCUCCUCAGAGAGACUACAUUCUGUACAGCCCUCUAGGGGGAUACGGCCUGUAUCAGUUGGAGACUAAAUUUUUCACUCGUAUUUUGAGAAAUGCUUCCCUUACUCUGAACGACAAGGCUUAUGCGUCCAUACUUGAUCGGCACAUUUCUAGAGUGGGUAACAGGAUUGCUCAUUCACGCGGACUUCUGCUUGGCCAGAAGAACUUGUUUUACGGAGGCAUCAGUCUGGACGCUUUGUAUAGUUGGGAAGUAGCCUCCCUUUUGAGUCUGUCACCUGGACCCAUCCCAGGACACGUACCCCAAAUCAAAAUGGGCGAAGACGCGGAACAGAUGAGGUGGGUGGAUUCACUCACCAUCGAUACGGAACAGAACUUGUGGUUUACGUCAUCAAAAUUUGUGCGCUACCUCAGCGAUAGCAUAAUCUUCAAUGCACCCACAAUGUUUAUUUGGAAGGUGUAUGUGGGCGAAGACAGCUAUUUGAAGCCGUACAAUGGAUCCCAAACAAGUGACAUAAGCUAUGCUGUGCGAAAUACACAUUCGUGUUUGUUUUUGUUGACUAUUUCGGUUCUUGCAUUUGUUGUUUAUGUUGUGAAAUAAUUAACGUUUUGAGAACUGGAACAUUUAUAUUUCGAUAUAUACAUAUAUACACAUACACACGUCAAAGUUUAGCUUGUGUAUCUCGAUAUAUAUAUAUAUAUAUACACACAUACACACGUCAAAGUUUAGCUUGUGUAUCUCGAUAUAUAUAUAUAUAUAUAUAUAUAUAUAUAUAUAUAUAUAUAUAUAUAUAUAUAUAUAUAUAUAUACACACACAUACACACGUCAAAGUUUAGCUUGUGUAUCUCGAAUACUCGUGAUACCGCAUGACGUAUAGAUCAUUAUUAUAUUGGGUUUUCGUAUGUUGAGUAACGGUACUUUAUGCUGUACAGACCUAUGCAAAAUACAAUCAAAAUUUGUUAUAUCGAACUUUUGUAUAUAAAGUACCUCAGGUGCGCACAAUAAAGAUGUAUGCAUU